GGGCUUCGCAACUGGUAAGAGGUGAUGUCAAUACGUCCUUUGAUCGUUAGUAUAAGAAACGGACGUCCAGCGGUUACACAGGGAAGAAGUGGUCCAGGGAACAGCUGAGACUCGUUGUUGAUACCAACUCCGCGGUAAUGGCUACCGUUCUCAUCAAAGACAAGGCCGUCAAGGUCGAAACAGAGCUUGUCAGCAAGCUGGGCCCUGACAGCUCGACCACGUCCGUGAACACUAUCCCGCCCCUCGCAGAACCCAUCCAGGAGAAGCGGUUCUGGUUCCAGAGAACUAAGGCUUACGACCCGGAUGCCAUUGCCACCCAGCCCAGCGUGUUUGAUGACACGGACACGGCAGAACGAUACCAACCUCCUCCCAAGUGGGAGAACACGCAUCGCUUCGACCCGCUGGCGCGGUGGACAUGGCGCGAGGAGUACGGCUUGAUCCGCAAGAUUGACUUCCGGAUCAUGGUGUGGACCUGCAUCAUGUUCAUGGCUCUGGAGCUUGACCGAGCCAAUAUCUCGCAGGCCCUGACCGACAAUUUCCUCCCGGACCUCGGGAUGACUACCAAUGACUACAACCUCGGCAGCACCAUCUUUAGGCUCUCGUUCCUCUGUGCCGAACUGCCGUCCCAACUGGUGUCCAAGUGGGUGGGACCGGACCGCUGGAUACCGGCGCAGAUGACGCUCUGGAGCAUUGUGGCCAGCGCCCAGUUCUUCCUGUCUGGCCGCACGUCGUUCCUGGUCUGCCGCUGCUCGCUGGGCGUGCUGCAAGGCGGCUUCAUCCCUGAUGUGAUCUUGUACCUUUCGUACUUUUACAAGCAUCACGAGCUGACGAUACGGCUGGGGUUCUUUUGGACAGCCAUGAGCAUCGCCGACAUUAUCUCUGCCCUCCUUGCCUACGGUAUACUGCAUAUGCGGGGCGUCCAGGGCCAUUCUGGUUGGAGAUGGCUGUUCCUGAUCGAGGGUUUAUUGACGCUUGUUAUUGGUCUCUUCUCGUUCCUUCUCAUGCCAGCUGGGCCAUGCCAGACAGCGAGCUGGUUCCGGGGCAGCAAUGGGUGGUUCACCGAGCGCGAGGAAACGAUCAUGGUGAACCGAGUCUUGCGGGAGGACCCAAACAAGAGCGAUAUGCACAACCGGGAGCCCAUCACGCUCAAGCUCCUUUGGCAGAGCCUUAAGGACUAUGACCUCUGGCCGCUGUAUAUUCUGGGCCUAACGUUCCAGAUCCCAAUGGUGCCCCCGCAACAGUAUCUCACCCUUUCUCUCCGGGGCUUGGGUUUCGACACCUUCCAGUCAAACUUGCUGGCCAUACCAUACACUAUUGGCCACAUUAUCACGAUGCUCGGCAUAGCCUACCUUGCCGAAGUCCUCGGCCAGUUAACGCUGGUGGCUGGGGCCUCACAGAUAUGGGCACUGCCGUUCCUGAUCUACCUCAACGUCGUGGAUACAGCCAAAGUUAGCAGAUGGAUCAUCUAUGCCGUCACCACGCUGCUGCUCAGCUACCCCAACGCACAUCCGAUCCAGGUCGCAUGGAACUCGCGGAAUUCGAACACUGUCCGGUCCCGCACCGUGUCUGCGGCCUGCUACAACAUGUUUGUCCAGGCAAGCGGCGUCAUCGCCUCCAACAUCUACCGGGCUGACGACGCGCCGCUGUACCGACGCGGAAACCGGCAACUGCUCGGAAUCCUCUGCAUGAACAUUGUGCUGUACGGCCUGGUGAAGGCAUACUAUGUCUUCCGCAACAAGCAGAGAGAAAGGAAGUGGAACGCCAUGACUCCCGAGGAGCGGUUGGACUACCUGGCCACCACAACCGAUCAGGGCAACAAGAGAUUGGACUUCCGGUUCCAGCACUAGGGGCAGGCUGCUGCGAGCUCAGCGGGGUCCCCGUUGGUGGGUGGACCGUCAUUUCAGAGACUGUCGAGAGCAUGGCACGCUCGCUGGCGGAAGGAGAAACCAUAAGAAAUAGACAGCCACAAACGGUAAAUAAUGGGUAUUGGCCGGAGAAAUGAAGAAGGAUAAGAGAGCUUAUGA